AUGAACACUCAAGUUUCGUUCCUUGAGGGGACUUACACGCUGAUCCACAUCCCUCUCGAACUCUAUCCGACUCUCUUACAGCCUAUCCUUCGCAUUCUUCUCCCUCAGACACAGAGUCUCAACUUCUCUCGUGAUUCAACAGAGUAUGAGCUUGAGGGUCUCACGACAGAUUUCCAACAUGGCUUCCUCAACAUUAGCGUCACUCCAAUCGAGUGCUCCGUCGUCUGCCACAGCUCAUGGGCCAAAAACGUCUUCGAGCCUGCACUCAAUGCUCUCCCAAAACCUAUUUGCAAAGGCGUCUCUAUCUCUGAAGACACCUUCAUGAUCCUGGCAGUGACAAGCGCUGGUUUAGAUCCCGGUGGCCGUGUUAUGGAGCUUAGUUCACCCCUGGCCUUUGCGGGGAUUCCCAUCUUCUUCAUCACCACGUAUUAUUCCGACUUCAUCCUUGUUCCUACAAAAGAAAAGGUGAAAGUUGUGAAAGCAUUGGUGACCAAAGGUUUCGAGCUUUCAGAGAACCAGUCCAGUUUUGUCAACUCGUCAUACGCUCCUAGAAAUUCCGACAGCGAUUUGUCUCAGCAGCCACCUGGCACCCCGCCACCUUCCAACUAUGAUGAGCUUCAAGCACGGACCUUUGAUCUCCUUGUGAAGAACAAUGUAAAGGCCUGUGUUGAGGCAGACCUCGAACUCGUCCAGUGCUCUGGCCGUGAAACGUCGCCGCUCAUGAAUGCUUAUAGUACCCGGCCGUCCAUGAGCCGGAAAAGCUCGACGGAUUACCGUCGCUCUUGGAUAACCCAUAUUGAUACGAAGCUUUAUACAUGCAUCGUAUCUGCGCUCGUUUCACAGCCGAGAUUUCUAUCUCUCACUCUUGCGCAGGAUGACCCACCGUCCCUGCUGCUUGAUAAAACCUUGCUGCCCAUUUUCGACGAAUCACUAGUGGGCGACACUGAAGGCGUUUUAAUACCAAUCUUCCUCGACCUCAGAAAAUUGCCUGCAAAGUCUACCGGUAUAGUAUGUGGUGUUGCUGGGCGACUUGCCAAAGGCACUGAUGUUAGUGAGAGCUCCGAGCUUUCCUAUCUCUCCACUGCUCGCGCCGGCACCGUUAUCUUGUCGAGAGAGCAAUCGAUCCGAGCAAUGGAGAUUUUGACUCCAUUACUUACGAAAUAA